AAGAUGCAAGAAGGUCGUUCUCCGUUCUAUCUAAGCGCAUUCCGGUCCGGAGGGCUGCAAUAAUCAUGAUCCUUCGUAGAAGUUCCUGCUCGUUGCCGCGAGAAGCAAUAGGUCCUCGUGUGUGUGCCCUGAGUGUGUGCGCUGCCCUUGUUCCCCGAAAAAUUAAAUUACAAAGGAUCAACAUCACGUUGAGUUUCUGGAUAUGGCAUAAACGUCGGUUUUGGUCGUGGCAUGGUUUUUUACAGAUCUUGUCAGUCCUCCUGUGCAGUUGCGCAUCAGCGCAGGCUGCGAGGCGUGGGUUUCUGCACCUUGAAAGAGAGCAGGUUCUUUGUUUUAACUCGCAAGAAGACUCGCCCUGUCCCCAUCCGCGCAUUCGGAACGGCCACGACGGUGCAAGAUGCAGCCGCGGCUGUGCUACAAAACGCACCGUGGCUACAAUACAAAUUGCAAGAAGAACAUCGUGCGGCGACCGCUAGUAGUUCCUCAUCCUCCUCCUCUUCAAGCAACAGUACUCCACCUGCUACGUCGCCACGCCACGACACGAAACCCCCACCUGCCAGCAUUUUCAACGGCACAUGGCCCCGGUUCCUCUCGAAGGAAGCCUCCACGGCUGCCCCCGAUGCGAAAAUCGCAGAGCGGUGGCUGGUGGUCCCCGCGAGUUUUCUCGUGCAGGGCUCGGUCGGGUCGGUGUACGCCUGGAGCCUGUGGAACGAACCGCUGACCAGGAGUCUGGGCGUCGUGGCCAGCUGCUCCUCGGAUUGGGACCUGCAGUCCUCGGUGAUGACCUUCACCACGAUGGCGUGCUCGCUCGGCGUCACCACCUUCUUUCUCGGACCCUGGUCGGAGCGCGCGGGCCCGAGGUAUACGGCCACCGUGUCCGCACUGGCCUACACGGCGUCCUUGCUGACGUGCAGCGCGGCAGCCUACUUGCACUCCCUGCCGGUGCUGUAUUGCGGAGGAGUCUUGGGCGGGAUAGGGUGGGGACUAGGUACAAAAAAAAGUGAUCGUGAUGUUUAGCUGUGUUUGUUUUUGCUUGCUCUUGCAUUGUUGAGUACGAGCCUCGAGCCCGAGUGCUGAUGCGGCAGGGACAUUCUUCAUGUCUCUGUCUCUCGCGAGAUAUUACCAUCAAAUCGUCCGAAUGAAAUUUCACAUAUGACAAAAACCCCACAACUUACACUUAGGUUACAUUUCCCCGGUGAGCACGCUGCUUCGGUGGUUCCCGGACCGCCGCGGCCUUGCGGGCGGCCUAGCUCUUUCCGCCUUCGGAGGCGGCGCCGCCAUGGCCGCGCCCCUGAUUCGCCGCGGCUUGGACUACUUUUCGCAGCCACCAUUAAAAGUGCCGCCUAACGUCGCGAUCCGCACCGACGCGGUCACGGGAAAACAGUUUUUUGGCGAGAGUCAAGAGGUCGUGUACGCCACGAAGCACGACAUGGCACAGUACGUGUCCGCGCAUUACAAUCUUGGUGGUGCAAUGUUACCAGAAGAAUCUACUUCCGCAACGACCUUUUUCGCCCAGACGUCUCCACAACUCGAGGAGGCCAUGUUUGGCACCACUUCCACCGCCUCGGACCUCCUCGUCGCGCCGCUGACCGAGGGCUACUACCUGGUCGGCACCGGCGACACGGGCGCGGCGGGCGCGUUCCUGUGCCUCGCCGGGCUGUACGGCACCCUGAUGCUGACCGGCGCGUCCCUCCUCCGCACCCCGCCGGCCAACUGGAGUCAGACCGUGCUGCAGAAAUAUGAGAAGAGCACGUCCGGUUACGCGCAAGCGGCCGACGGCAAGAAGCGCCUGCAGCUGCAGGAACAGUCCACGCAGGGCGUGGUGACCCCGCAAGAAGCGCUGAACACACCGCAAUUCGCCUACCUCUGGCUGACCAUCUGCGGGAACGCGUGCGGGGGGAUGGCUCUGUUGAGCACCGCCAGCACGGUGAUGACGGAAAGCUUCGGCGCGGUGCUGCCACAAGUGGUGACCGCCGGGUUCGCGGCGAGCUACGUCUCGGCCUUGAGUUUGUCCAACUCUGCGGGCCGACUUGGCUGGAGCAUCGUCAGUGAUCAUGUGGGAAGGAGGAAAACGUAG